GAGGCGAGGAUGGGAGGCACGCCCCUUCCCUCGCUACAAAAGGCGGGGGUGGGGCGGGGAGGUCGGUGGGAGCCAGCUGCGAGCGGGCGUUUGUGUUGAAAGUGCCAGGGUGGCUGCACUCGGUGUUGGCUGCGGGUCCCGGCGCACGAUGAUUGAAUUUCUUGUCACAACUGAAGUCCAGAAAUUGCUAUACCAACUCAAUAUUCUAUUGGAACAAGAGUUAAGAUGUCAGCCCAAAGCUUCUGGCCUGAGACUAAUUGAAACUGCUCAUGAUAAUGGUUUCCGAAUGACUGCAAGAUUGCGAGACUUUGAAGUAAAAGAUCUCCUCAGCUUAACUCAAUUCUUUGGCUUCAAAACAGAAACAUUUUCUUUAGCUGUGAAUUUCUUAGACAGAUUUCUGUCUAAAAUGAAGGUGCAACCUAAACAUUUAGGCUGUGUUGGACUGAGCUGUUUCUAUCUUGCUGUGAAAGCAACAGAAGAAGAGAGAAAUAUUCCCUUAGCCACUGACUUAAUUCGAAUAAGCCAGUAUAGAUUCACUGUAUCUGACAUGAUGAGAAUGGAAAAAAUUCUGUUAGAGAAGCUAUAUUGGAAAGCUAAAACUACAACUGCCUUUCAGUUUCUACAACUCUAUCACUUGCUCAUCCAUGAGAACUUAAGCUGUGAAAGGAGAAAGCACCUUAAUUUUGAGAGACUUGAAGCCCAGCUUAAGGCAUGUCACUGCAGAAUCAUGUUCUCUAAAACCAAGCCUUCUGUUUUGGCAUUAUCAAUAUUGGCACUAGAGAUAGAAGAACAGAAAAUGCUAGAGUUGAAAGAAGUGAUAGAAUGCCUUCAAAUACAAUCCAAGACAAAUAGCAGAGAUCUAACUUUCUGGAAGGAGCUGGUAUUUACGUGCCUUAAAGAAUACUCAUCCAACAAAUGUUUAAAACCAAAUGUUCAGAAGCUUAAAUGGAUUGUGUCAGGAUGUACAGCACGGCAGCUGAAGCUUAGCUACUACAGAAUCACACACCUUCCCACAAUCCCAGAGACUGGUUUGUAAUAGGAAUCUUAAAAUGGAAAGAGGAGUCUUCCAUUCAACUCCGACCUCAAUAUUCAACUGUGGAAUUGAAAACUGAAGCCUAAAACAUGAGAACUGUUUUAGCAUUUGAAGUUCAACUCUUGGAAAAUGGAAACCGCUAGAACUAAUUCCCUUUCCAUAGAUGCAGUCUUACUAUGCUGACUACAGGAAUUUACUAAACACUUUCCUGAAGGAUGAAUGACUAAAAGCAUCUGAUUAUUGAAAUAUGCAUAAAUAACAGCAAAGAAUCUGAAUACUCCUUUAUGGUAGUGAAUAGCCUCAAACUCUGUAUUUAACUAAGAACAACUAGUGUAGUUUAACCUUGGAUUAUUGCAACUUGACUCUUCAUAUCCUAAAACUUGUACUUGAACCAUAGGAGGCAUAAUGUGCUUCAUGACUGAGGCUACCAAAUUGUCUAGGGAAAAGCUUCCUGUUAUUGAACUGGAUAGUUUUUUUGGAUGCAGUUACUUCAGUCAAAUGUUUUGUAUUGUUGUGCUCUUGAGUAGCCAUGUCCUACUGCACAAGGCAAUUGGUUCUUUCUGAAGCAGUCCAGUCUAAUUCACCUUCAAUGCAGAGUUUGUCAACUAAGUUAAUAAAAUACAAAUUGGACAGACAUGUGCUGGGAAAGCCUGCAUUGUUGUUGAACUUGGCCAUCCUUCCACCCUCAUUUUUGUGAAGUGUAACUUUGAGAGAUUGAAGGUAUAACUGUGUACUGGCUUGAAACGUUAAUAAAAUCACUUAUUUUGUUAUUUGUCUAAAA